ACUUCUCCAAUAUGGAAUUCUUCCUACUAAGUCACCAGAUAGCAUUGUCCUUACCCCUCAAGAUGAUUCUUAUGAAAUUACAGUCCAAAUCAAUCUGGAAUUGAGCCAUGUUGCAGGAUUAGAUCUUCUGCUAUCACUUAUAGAUGAAUCUGGAAAUGUGGUAUUAUUAUCCUUAAAUUCCACUAUUUCUACCAAGUCAGUUAUAAAGAGUAAGGUUAAGAAGCAAACCCUCAAGAUCAAGACAAAGAAGAAAUACAUUGAAAUUAGCAUUGCUGAACCGUUGCAGGUAGAAAGUCAUGUCGAAACUCCACCUGCAACCAAUAUUGAUGAUGAAAGCGAUCAUCUUGAUCAGGACAAAAACUUUGAUUUGGAUUAUGACAAAAGCUUCGAGUCUUACCAUAUAUCCAAAACUGCUAAGUAUGCGGAACUUCACAAAAAAAUCGCGAAACUUAUGAUAGUUGAUGAAAUUAACAGCAGUGUGGUUGUUAACAGAAAAUGCAUUCACGUUUUAGUUGAGUUUCCAUGCAGAUCUAUGCCAAAAUCAACAUCACAGCCAGAUAUUUUUCGAUAUGACAAAAACGGUAAUCUCAUAGUCAUUGUUGAUGAUCGCAAUGUAGAACAAGUUUUUGGAAAAAAGAUGGCAAAUUUG